AUGGACCAGGGAGUACCUCCAGUCCAACAACAACAUUCUCCUGGUCAAGAUGCAACCGCAGGUGCUUUCCAGAAUAACGAAUUUAAUAAUCAACAUGCUCCUCAACAAGCUCCCUUUCAAAAUUUCAAUCAAGUGCCAAACCAGCAGAUUCAUAAUCAACAAUUUAAUGCCCCUCCCCAGCAACCAAUGCAACAACCUAAUGGAGUUCCUCCUAUGCAGCAAGUUCCACAAAAUCAAUUCAACAAUGUACCACCUGUUCAGCAGCAGCCACAGGAUUUUAAUGCACAACCGGUUCAACAGCAACAGGGGCAGUUUAAUUCUCCGCCCAAUUUCCAACAGCAACAACAACCACCUAUUGUUCCGAUACAAUCAGGAGGACAGCAAACACCCCCUGUCCCACAACAGGCUCCCCCAGUUCCACAGCAGGCUCCUCCUGUUCAACAACAAACACCUCGGCUUCAGCCUAUUACCCCUCCGCCUCCUCAUAUGCAUAAUGAGGGAAUAAAGAAAACUUACGACAAUCAGGUCCACAACUCUCUGCCCCCCAAACGCCGUCAAAAGAAGUAUGAACCACCUUCAGUCAUAAAUAACGAUGAUGAAUUGGAUUUCUACUCUCGUUUGGCUUCUCCACUUGUCUCUGACCCAGAGGCAAUGCAAUCUUCGGCUCCCAUUCGCCCUUUUCUUACUCUUACUGUCAAUGUCACUCCGGGGAUUAAAGAUUGCUACUUCUACGAGGCCCCCACCUCCUUCGUAGUUGAUGUGCAGGUUAUUGGAAGCGAUGGUGGAAUGGAUAUCGGAUUAUCAGUUAUUGAUCCUUCUGGGUCGUCAAUUGUCAAGCGCGAUCCAUCCUCAGACGCAUCUGUCACAAUCGCUGUUCAACCUGACUAUCGUGAACAAGCUUAUGCUAUAUGUUUGGACAAUCGCAAGGCAAGCUACGGACGCAAAAAAGUCUACCUGGGCAUCGAGCUCCAUAUUGACUGGCACAAUCCUAAUCCUGUAGAAAAAGAAAUUAUUGAAAGAAUGAAGACCGGUUUUAAUGUGGCUACUAAUUCUGCGGAUUUCACUGAAAUGUUUAACAGCCUUGAAAAAGUUGUGAAUUCUUUGGAUCGUAUUGGUGGUUUGCUGCAAAGAAGUCAGCGUUUGCAGCAGCGUUCAAGAAAUUACUUAUCUGCAGAUCGUGCAAUAAUGCUUGCAAACAAAAAUCGGGUUACUUCUUGGUCCACCUUCCAAGCUUGUAUCCUAAUCUUAGUUGGUAUUUUCCAGACUCUACUCAUUCGUAGUCUCUUUGACGAAAAAAGUAGUCUUCAUAGACUUUGGAUUCGUGGUCGAAGCUAUACACAACACUCAACCUCGUCUUAUCAUCGUCCUGGUUUAAGUUCUUUUCUCCUCACAACAAUGGCGACAUCAGAAACGAUUCAACCUGUUGAUUUGGCUGAUCCAACUGAGAAGGCGACUUGGCAGAUUGCCCACCAAGCAGCAGAGAAGAUUUCCACUGUUUACUAUCGAGCUUUUGAUAAGCAGGGAAGGCCAGAUAUUUCAACCUUCUUCGUGGAGACUUCCAAUCUAAUUUGGAAUGGAAAUCAAGUGGUUGGGAGACAGGCCAUUGUGGAAUUUCUCGCUAAAAAACUGCCCAAAAGUAUAACCAUUAUUCACACCCUUUCGGCUCAGCCUGUACAAAGUGUAGGUGAUUUAUGUCCAAUGAAUAUUUCCUCUUUUUAA